CAUACAGGCAGUGUGCAAUAUGGCGGUCAAAAUGGCGGACUAAAGGGCGAUUUUCAAGCGUGGACUUAACUGAUAUGAAUUUUCAAGUAAUUCGUUUAACAAAUGGUUAAAGCACAAGAUAAGGAGCCGAUUCUUAACGGGGAUGUCGAACAACAUGGUCAGAUAACACAGGGAGAGUGGUAUUUGAAGAGUCAUAGGCGUAACGCUUAUGACCGUCCAAGUCAAGACGCCAACAUAGAAUUCAAAGAAGUAAUCGGCUCCCUGAGCGCUGGAGCCGUCGCUGGAGCGAUUGCGAAGACGACAAUUGCACCAUUAGAUCGGACAAAGAUCAUCUUUCAAACCUCCAAAAAACAAUUCUCAGUUAAGGGAGCUGUAAAGGUUCUAAGACACACAUAUGUGGAACAUGGUCUGCAUGGUCUCUUCCGAGGAAACAGUGCAACUAUGGCAAGGAUUAUACCCUAUGCUUCAUUACAGUUUACUGUACAUGAACAGUUUAAACGGCUGCUAAGACAAGGAAAGAAAAAAGGACCAUUGCCUCCGGUGCGUCGGUUCAUAGCAGGGUCAUUAGCUGGUAUUACAGCAGCAUUCUUCACGUAUCCUUUGGAUAUGAUUAGGGCCAGACUUGCCAUUACCUCAAGAGACAGGUAUGCUGGACUUCUGAACACUAUAACCAGCAUCUACAGAGAAGAAGGUUUAUCCGUGUAUUACAGAGGCCUUUUGCCCACACUAAUGGGAAUAGUGCCCUAUGCUGGGAUAAGUUUCUUUACUUAUGAAUCACUCAAAAAGCUUUACAGUGAUGUCUUUCUUGAGAACAAACUUAACCCUUUGCAUAGACUCUUAUUUGGUGCAUGUGCAGGACUCUUUGGACAAUCAGCUACUUAUCCAUUGGAUAUAAUUCGCCGACGCAUGCAGACUGAUGGAAUAACUGGCCCUUCAAGGCCAGAGUAUCAAAGAAUGUGGAGCACAGCCAAAUAUGUUUACACCACCGAGGGACUGAAAAGAGGCUUAUACAAAGGAUUAAGCAUGAAUUGGAUUAACGGACCGAUUGCUGUUGGAAUGAGUUUUACAACAUUUGAUCUGUUAUACGGGUACAUACAGAGGCACUAUAUCUAUACAAUGACCGGUUGAGAGGAAACAAAUCCUUUUGCAUAGCUGUAUGCAGAAUAUCUGUCUGAAAAUGAGGGGUAAUUGAUUUGGGCCUUAGGUACUAAUGUACACACUGUUUGAGGAUGUGAGUGUUGGUAGUGUAACAAAAUUAACUUCUGAUAAAAAGUUGCUUCUGGUGUGCGAGGCACUCAUGUAACGAGUUUACCCCUGGCACUUUGGAUGACUUAAGCGCAUGACAGGGGUUAGGGGAGGUGUACAUGUAGAAGCAAUUAAUUCACUAGAAUUGUUUGGUUACUUGCAAAUCUGCAUCCCAGAAUAAAAUAAAAGCAAUAACAAUGUCAAAUUCAAAAUAUUAAAUAAGCAUUGCCAAAAAUUCUGGAUGAUUUCACUGUUUUAGAAUUUGAAGUACGUAUACGUGCACUAUUUCGUAACAUUAUUUAAUUUGUAUUUGAAAAUCGUAAGGUUCAAUUGCCAUUGUUGUAACUUGUAUUUUCCAAGUUUUUGUCUAUUUUGUAUAUCGUGGAAGAGUUAGCUCCCAUUUCAAAAGUGAGGCAAAGUGCAGCAUCUGAAGAGGUAAAUAAAGAUUCAGAAGAACGUAACAUUA